AUGCAACAUAUGCAAAUGCAACAGCACCUGCAGCAACAGCAACAACAGCAGCAGCAAGUGCAAGCACAACAGCCACAGACACAUGUCAAUCAGCAGCAUGUUGCGCAACAUUUAGCGCAACAUCAACAGCAGCAGCAGCAAACGCAGUCAUCAGCGCUUGCCGCUUUGCAUUGCAGCAACAAUGCUAUACUAAGCUGGAGCAGUAGCAAUAACCGAUAUAGCAACAACAUCACCCGCAGCAAAAGCGUUGGCACGCAUGUUGCCGCAGCAGCGUCCAGCCGCCGUACCAAGUCAUGGGAAAAAUUCGAGUGGCGAGUGGCGACUGCCAAAGCAUUAAACUGA